AAAAUGCUGAGCGAUCUUUUCUCCACUCUCCUAAAAUACUUCCUGUAUUUGCUAGGAGCACUAGUCAUCUGGCUGUUGUACUUCUAUGUAGUCAAGCCAGUCGGAUGGAGAUGGCACUACUCUAAAUACAAGAACGUAUGGGUUAGCCCAAGGUUUAUUUUCUUCUUCGGAGAUUCAUGGGACAACAUCAAGAACAUGAUGGCUGGAAAAGUCUUCUACGAUCAUCACAGGCAUAUCUCACAGGAAGUUUCAAGAUAUGAUUUCAAACUUGAGAUGAUUGGUCCAAAUCCUUUCGUGAAGGUUAUUUCCUACAAAGCUCAAGCUGGACUUGAAGCUCUAGCUACUGAGAAGAUUGAUAGAGGAAGAGAAUAUAUUGGAAUUGGCAAAGUUAUUGGAAAUAGUUUCGGAAUGUCAAGAAGUAACUAUAAAGCCAUGCAUAGAAGAAAGCUUAUCCUCAACAUGCUCAGCUUCAACGCAGCUUCUAAGUAUAUCCCAACAAUGUACGAUUGCCUUAAGCAUGAGAUUGGAGAAUGGGAAGAAGGCAAAACAUUUGAUUCUGUGUAUGAGAUGAAUGUUCUCACUUUUGGAUUUUUCACAGUUGUAUUCUUUGGUCAAGAUAUGCUACAUAUCUCGAAGAGUACUAUUAAGUUUGAAGAAGAUAAUGGCCAAAUUGUCGACAAGACAAUAAUGGAUAGCCUUAUUGCCAUUAUUAAGAACACUUUCCAAGGAUUGAUUCAUCCAAUUGCCUCUUUCGCUCCUUUCGUAGCUGAAAAUGAUUUGUGAAACCCAUACAAAAGAAAUAAGAGAAAUUUACUGAACUUUAAAGCAGCUUUGAGAAAUUUGAUGGAUCAAGCUAAAGAUGAGAACUCGAUUUGCAAUAAAUUGAUUAAAGAUCCCAAGAUUGACUAUGAAGAAGUCUUCAUUGAUAUCUUAGGAUUCUUGGCAGCAGGAACUGAGACAACCUCUCAUACCAUGGUAGUUGUUCUAGAGUCUUGGAUUCACUGAUUUGGGCAAUAA